GUAGUGUGUGUGUGUGUGUGAUGCUGGUCACGCCGCAUUGCCUCAACUAUUGUCAUUUAUAAUCACAUCUUUUAAAUGAUUCAGCUUUUUUAACGUGACAGGUUUUUUAUUCUGCUGGAUUCUGUGGUCUUUCUGACAAACAAUAGAGGUCUCUCACUUGUCUUAAGGGGGAAAAAAAACAAAAAAAAUGCUUGUUCCUUGGAGAUAUUUGCUGGCAGUCUGUCAGUCUGUCUGUAACUGGGCUGUAGGUCAGUUUGGGAGUACGGUAUUAAUUCAGGGUGAGCCAAUCACGUGGCGCAGACAGUCUUUGGCAAUUGGCUUCGUCGCCGUUGCGUCUCGUGACCGCGGCCGUAGGCCAUCACCCCUGCUCUUAUACGGCCGACUUGCCGCUGGGAAACUUGCUUUUCUGUUGCUCCUCACUCUGCCAGCUUGAUGCUCGGUACGCACCUCAAGAUGGUCAUCUUUGGACCCGGCGCUGCGAACGCCGCUGACACCGCCGGCUGAGCCUGAACUGGAGUCGAAAAUGAACUGGGGGAGCUUUUACGCCGUGAUCAGCGGCGUAAACAGGCAUUCCACCGGCAUCGGGCGCGUCUGGCUCUCCGUCAUCUUCAUCUUCCGCAUCCUGGUCCUGGUGGUCGCUGCCGAGAGCGUCUGGGGAGACGAGAAGUCCGGCUUCGUCUGCAACACCCAGCAGCCCGGCUGCAACAGCGUCUGCUACGACCAGUUCUUCCCCAUCUCGCACAUCCGCCUGUGGGCGCUGCAGCUCAUCCUGGUCUCCACCCCCGCCCUGCUGGUGGCCAUGCACGUGGCCCACCGACGCCACGUUGACAAGAAGGUCCUGAAGAAGACGGGCCGCGGCGGGCCCAAGGAGCUGGAGCUCAUCAAGAACCAGAAGUUCCAGAUCACCGGAGCGCUGUGGUGGACGUACAUGAUCAGCAUCGUCUUCAGGAUCGUCUUGGAGGUGGCUUUUCUCUACAUUUUCUACUUGAUCUAUCCGGGCUUCAAGAUGGUGCGCUUGGUGAAGUGUGCGUCGUACCCGUGCCCCAACACGGUGGACUGCUUCGUCUCCAGACCGACAGAAAAGACCAUAUUCACUGUGUUCAUGCUGGCGGUGUCCGGGCUGUGUGUGCUGCUCAACCUGGCCGAGGUGGCCUACCUCAUAUUCAGGGCCUGCAAGCGGUGCCUCCGAGGCUCCGAGGAAGAGUCCAAAGUCGCUUGGAUAAGUGGAAGAUUCUCCACUUAUAAGCAAAAUGAAAUCAAUCAGCUGAUAGCGGAGCAGGCGCUCAAGUCUAAGUUCGCUGUGAGCAAAAAGAGCCCGACCGAGAAGGGAGAAAGGUGUUCGGCAUUCUGAAGCUCGGGCCUCUUCUGUUGAACCAAUCGCACACGUCCGUGGAUCGCGUGGCUCUGCAUUAAUGUCCCAUAUUCUGUACAGGCACGUUUAAACCAUCUAUUUAUGUAUAUCUGAUAUCAUUCAGUCAGUGGCUUAUUGAGUCAUUGUUUGUUCUUCCCCUUGUUCGUGGUGUUAGUGAUACGGGUGGAGGCAGCCGUGAAGGCAAAGGACCGAGUCCGUUUUAGACCGAGUCCACUUGGGCGUGUGUCGUUUUAGUGUUUUUCCCAUUUGAUCACAGCGUGAGAAGCAAACUAUGGAUUAGUUCUAAUUCUACAGUCCUGAGUCCUGAACAGUUGUAUUUAAAGCAAAUAUUGACUUAAUAUUGAAAUAUUUUAAUUUUUUUUCUUGGCAUGUAGUAGUACGUAUCAUUGACACCACAGAGAUUACAGUACAGAUUAAAGUGAUGAAUAGAAAGCAAACUUUUCAUUUACAUUAAAUAUUGUGGAUAUGUACCGUAUUUCAUUCCAGUCAAAGCAAAGAACUGGAAAGGGCCGUAACGUCAAUAAAUGCCACUGCGUUCCAGAAGCAGCCGGUAAAGCCAACAGAAGUCAUAUUUUAGUCGUCUUGGUUAAUUGACUGCGAUGCAGGUAGCUGCAGUAUUGAUUUCUUCCACAAGAUUUUGAGAAUUAUUUGUUGAGGUCCGUAUGUGCACGACAACAUGGAUGCAAAGAAACAGGAAGGAAAUGUGUUCAUUAUACGAUAACAAAUUGGGACUGACUUUCCGAUAACUGCACAGAAUGGUACAAAAGUCCAAAUUGGUUGAUAACAAUAAAUAAAUAUGAUGGUUCAGCUUUAUGGAGUUUAGAAAAUGGUGAAUUACAUGUCAAAAUGUGAGCUCGGCUGAGUAAAGCAAGACUCUGAAUUUGAAGUCUGUUUUGUCAUGUUCGAAACAUUUCCAGUGUCUGACGACCAAUAUUGUGAAAUUGAUAAAUAGUGAGUCAGUAACACAGCAGCCACAAGAAACAUUAAAAUCCAACAAUAUUCUGAGACAAUUACAUUUUAGUCAAUGCUUCAGUUGUAGCUAAAUUAUGUUUUAAUGACUAAAAAAGCUCAAAUAAUCAAAUAUGACUUUAAUCCAACUACAACAAGCAACUAAGUCUAAAAUUACAUUUGAAAUUCUUGUCAACAUUAGCACUACAGCUUUAUUUAUUAUCCAACUUAUCAAAGUGUGGAAUUAUUAUAACACAUGACAAUUUUAAAACACUGUUCAGAUAAGGACGGCUGCCAUUGGAUAUCAUUCUACAAAGAAUGAAAACACAAAAUCACUUUAAAAAAACAAUUUGACACACACAUGUUACACACUACUGACCUAAGAAUUGUGUUAAGUGUAGUCAGAAAGGUUGUCAGAGAAUAAAUGAUAUUUCAUUAAACUACGCAUAAUUUCAGUACUGUACAAAUGUCUUUGUAUUUAAUUGUUCUGCCUACUUACUUCAUUGCAGCUCGUGUUUAAGGUGACAUAUUUUUGUUUUUGAAAAAAGUAUUAUUAAUAUCAUUCAGUUUCUCUCUGCUACUGAAUGGCAUGUCUAAUACGCUGGUAUCUGUUUAUACAACUAUUCUAUACACACUAUACAUGGUAGUACAUACAAAAACCCUGAUGUUGAUAUUCAUGCCGAAAUGUACAUAUAUGACUCCACACACAGGUAAACAUUCCAGAUGAUGUAAAAACGAUGUGUAUAUUAUGUAAUAUACAGAAAUAAAGUGCCUGAUAAUUUGACGGUUAUUUAAGUUA